CUGACGGAAACAGACGGUUUGGGAAAGGAACCGCAUGUUGUUGAUGAUAGAAGAAGAUACCAGGAUUCGUACUCAGUUAGACCGGAUUAUGAACGCUUUUGGACAGCAGCCAUCCAACGCGCAGACUAGCCCCAUUCAGCACCACAGCGCACAGGAGCUCCUGGAUAUGGCCGUGUACUGCGAUAACUUCGGCAGCAUGUACCAGCACCAGCAAAACCUCCAUCAUGGUCACCACCCGCAGAGGCCGCCGGCGCAUCCUCCAAGCUACGGCCUCGGUGAGUACACCUCGCCGACCACCAACCCGUACCUGUGGCUAAACGGACCGAGCAUCGACUCGUCUCCAUACCUGACGGGAUUGAAUGGAGCAUCGUACAUACAGUCUGGAUACGGAGCGACACAGCGGCAGUUCCUGCCCCCUCCUACGGGCUUUGGUGGAGCUGACCUCGGAUGGCUGUCGAUCUCCAGCCAGCAGGAACUCUUCAAGAUGGUUCGACCUCCUUACUCUUACUCAGCGCUCAUAGCCAUGGCUAUCCAGGGCGCCGGGGACAAGAGGUUGACGCUGAGUCACAUCUAUCAGUAUGUGGCAGAGAAUUUUCCGUUUUAUAAGAAGAGCAAAGCUGGGUGGCAGAACUCAAUCAGACACAACCUGUCACUGAAUGACUGUUUUAAGAAAGUUGCCCGGGAUGACGAUGAUCCUGGAAAGGGAAAUUACUGGACAUUGGACCCAAACUGUGAGAAAAUGUUCGAUAACGGCAACUUCCGAAGAAAGAGAAAGAGACGAGCUGACUUGAACGGAGGAGACACCAACAACACCGUUCUUCCGGUGAAGUCAGAAGACACUGCCGCCCUGAAGCUCUCCGACACGGCCAGCAUCAUGAGUUCAUCCCCUCUCAGCCUCCAGAACUCCCCUGGUUCCGCCGAGCCCAAAUCAUCCCCGUCCCCGUCUGUGGAACACAGUCCCUGUUACAACAACUUUGUCUCCACUAUGAACACGAUGCUGGCGGGGAGUAACAACGGCUCUACCCGGGAGGGGGGCAGGGGGGACUUUGGUUCAGGAGGACAUGUUAUGGGGGAUUUGUCGCCUCAUCAGACCCGAGAGAACAUGUCCGGACUUGGUUCAUACUCGCCCUCUCAAAUCACGCCAUUGAACACUGAUACCACUCACCUCUCCACAGCUAAUAGAAUGAACUACUACACAUCAGCACAGAACAAUCACAGUGGAGGCCUGGGCCUCACCAACUCUCUCCCAAACCACUUCAGUGUUAAUCAUUUGAUAUACAGCCGCGAAGGAACCGAGGUGUAGGCAGUAGGCUAUAAGCCCUGUCCUAAUUAUGUCAGAUAUAUGUAGAUAAUAUAAUGCAACUCGUUGACAUUCUUGUAUAAAGUACUCAGUGAGUACAUCAAUUACCAUGAUUAUUAUUCAUGUUACGCAUUCCAUAAUAAGAGCGUG